AUGGUAGCUCUAUCUGAUCAGAUAGAGAUAGUGACCACUUUACUUGUAAGAGGAUCAAAGAAAUUGGAAAUUGUUUCCAUUCUGGGUAUGCCUGGACUGGGUAAGACCACUUUAGCCAAGAAACUUUACAAUGAUCCUUCUGUCAGAUGCCAUUUUCAUACUUUUGCUUGGUCUACGGUUUCUCAAGUAUAUAACGGAAAAAAUUUGUUACUUGAGAUUUUGGUUUGUAUUGUUCCUAAGCUUUCUGAACAAUAUGCUAAAAUGAAAGAAGUUGAUUUGGUUGAAGAACUCUACAAGCGUUUGAAGAGAAAUAGGUAUCUCAUAAUUUUGGAUGAUUUGUGGGAUGGUGAAGCUUGGACACUCAUGGAAAAAUCAUUUCCUGAUGAUGCUAAUGGUAGUAGAAUUCUCUUAACAAGUAGAAAUCACAAGGUGGCUUUGCAUGUUGGACCUACUAAUAAACUUCACCAUCUUCGCUCACUCACUGAUGAAGAGAGCUGGGAAUUGUUACGAAAGAAGGUAUUUCAUAAUGAGGAGUGUCCUCCAGCACUACAUGAGCUUGGAGUGCAAAUAGCAAAAAACUGUAAGGGGCUACCUCUUAUAGUUAUCAUCAUAGCUGGAAUUCUUGCAACGAGAGAGCCUGAUGGCUGGGAAGAAGUUGCUCAAAGGUUGAGCUCCUACACUGUUUUGGGCACAGAAGAGUGCAGGGAUAUACUAGAGCUGAGCUAUAGAAAUUUGCCUGAUUAUCUGCAGCGAUGCCUUCUUUACUUCGGAGCAUUUAAAGAAGACCAAGAAAUUCCAAUUUGGAGGUUGAAGUAUUUAUGGAUCGCUGAAGGGUUUGUGCAAGAAACUGAAAUGAAGAGUUUAGAGGCUGUGGCUGAAGAGUACAUGAUUGAUCUAAUUGACAGAAGCUUGGUCAUGGUUGCCAAAAGAAGAUUCCUAGGCAAGAUUAAGACUUGCCAUAUUCACGAUCUGUUGCAUGAGUUUUGUGUCCUUAAAGCUAAAGAAGAAAACUUUUUGCGGUUCUUGCAUGGGAAUGAUGACUCGUGUAUCUAUAAUGUGUCAAGCAAUAUACAUCGUUUGGGCAUUCACUCCAAACUAGAGCUGUUCGAGAGGUCGAUCCUAUUUUGUCCUCGACUGCGCUGUCUGUUGCUCUCUGCUGAUGGCUGCAGGUACCCAUUUCAACAGCCAAACAUCUCAUUUGUCUUUCACAUCUUCAAACUCCUCAGGGUGUUGGAUUUGGGGCAGUUCAAUGUAGGUGAUCGUUUUCCAAGUGAAGUAGAAUUGCUUGUGGAGUUGCGUUUUUUGGCAAUAAAAGGUACCAUGCGCUCCAUCCCAUCAUCCAUAGCUAACCUUUCUAAUUUGGAAACUUUUCUGUUGGAUUCAAAUGAUGCUGCAUUGCCCGAUACAAUAUUGAACAUGAACAAAUUGAGGCAUCAUGGUUCGAAGUCUCGGCCGAGACCGAGACGACUCGGCCGAGUCGUCACCGUCUCGAAUAGUAAAUACUUUAAAAUUUACGUCUCACCGAGAUCGCGACCGAUAUGCCGAAACCGAUGUGGAACGUUCCGGGCCGCAACCGUGACCGCGACCACGACUUUGAACCAUGAUCUUCACACAAUUGCUCAGCAUACGAGGUUUUCUUUCGAGAAAGUCAAUCUUGACAGCUCAUCCAUUCUUCAUAGUUUAGACACCUUGAGCACUGCAUGGAUUUCUUAUGGACAAGGCAUUGAAAAGAUUGUGAGAAAGUUCCCAAAUAUCCGUGAACUAAAAUGCGAGCUCGAUUAUGAGAAAUUAGAGGCAUCUACUGAGAACAGAGGCAGCAUUGUGGAUUUAAGUUUUCUGAAUAGACUGGAGUCCCUCAGUAUUAUUCAUGAUGACUAUGCUACAAUAUGUAAGAUUGAGUAUCAUUUCCCUUUGAAUCUGAAAAAGUUGACUCUUUCUUACUUCCCUUGUGGUACAGUCUCCACACUUGGAAAACUACCCAAUCUUGAGGUCCUCAAUUUGUCCUAUGGACCCCAUGAUUGGAAAAUAUGGGAAAUGAAAGAAGGGGAAUUCCCUAAACUCAAAACCUUGAGAAUGGGCGCAUUGUGCACAUUGAGAUGGAUAGGAUGUGAUGAUAGCCUUCCCUGUCUUGAGAAGCUAGUGCUCUCGAGAUGUGAAAAACUGACAGAGAUCCCUUCUUGCUUAUGGUAUGCUUCCACUCUUGAAGUUAUCAUGGUGCAGCAGUGUUCAGACUUUCUUACAAGCUUAGUAUGCGAGAUUGAGGAUGAGCAGAGGAGCAUGGGGAAUGAAGAUCUCAAGGUUCACAUCAUUCCAGAGGAGAAGAGCGAUUCUGAAGCAGAAUAAAUUUGUACUCAUGUCAGAUAUACAAAAAAGUCAGUCACGAGGAGCUGAAGACAUUGGAAGGAGUUGUUGUUGUCCUGUAACAGUUCAACAGAGGACCUUGGCUCUUAAUAUUUGGCAAGUUGAGUAUUAUUGGGAAUUUGUAAUUCUUAUCUAACAGUCGAGAGGAUGGUUCAUUUCCUGGUUUGCCAAUCCAGCAACAUAAAGAAAUAGAAGGCGAUCAUUCAUCGACAGAGGACAAGAAGAAAUCUCCAUCUGCAGCAGUUUCUAGUCCAAGGUUUCAUAUUCUUUCUUAAGAAAUUAUGUCUAGCAAGCCCUUCACCAAUGAGCAGAUUUCUUGGUCUAUCAGAGUGUUUCCUUGAUACCUGGUUUUAGUUUUUCAUUGCUUGUUUGUCAUUUUAUUUUCUAUUUAAUGUUUCACUCUGGUGAUUUUUUUUG